AUGGGAUUUACUUGGUAUGGAAAUGAAAAUUGUCCUCAACCAGAAUGCAUUGUAUGUGGAGUGAAAUUAUACAACGCAGCUUUAGUUCCAAGUCAAUUGAAGCGUCAUUUAUUAAAAAAACAUGAUCAUUUAGCUAAUAAAAAUAUUGACUACUUCAAACAACUAUUAAGUUCACAAAAUAAAGAAUCAGUAAUUUUUGAGAAAAAGGUUACUAUUCCUAAUAAAGCAUUGAAGCUAGCACUUGAAGCUAGUUAUAAAGUGGCAGAAUUAAUAGUUGAAAAUAAAAAACCACAUACAAUAGGUGAAUCUUUAAUUCUUCCAGCCUGUUCAGAAAUAGUGUGUAUUAUGUUUGGUAGUGAGGCUGAAGCCGAAAUAAAAAAAAUACCUCUUUCGAAUAAUACUAUUCGUAGACGCGUCCAAGAUAUGUUAGAAGACAUAGAAAAAAAUGUGGGGGAAAAAAUUAAAGCUUCAAAUGGAUUUUGUCUUCAAAUUGACAAAUCCACUGACACAAGUAUGGUAAAUGUUAUUUAA